AACUCUUAUAAGCAGAAACACCUUUUAUAUUUUCUAAGUGACAAGUGCACAUUACUAAUUAACGCGUUAAACCCUUCACCACCCAUUCAUCAACUCAAAACAAAUCCCUUCUCUAAAACUCUCUUCUUCUCAAUUCCUAUCUUAGAAGAAAAUUUAACAAACAUGGAGAAAUAUUCAAAGAGUACAAAGUGGGAUUGUGGUAGCACUCUAUAUGACUCAUACGAACUAAACUCAUUCAAACGCCAAAUUGAUUCAGCUAUAGCUAACUCACCAAGAACACAUUCCAUGCCUCAUUUACCACAACGUACACUCCAAUUUCAAGUUCAACCUCAACCUCAAAAUCAUGAGCCAACCUCUUCUCUUGUCAUCAACAACAAGUCAACUUUCAAGAUCUCUCGUACCUUUCAAAAACUUGUUCGCUUUGUUUUCAAGUCCAGUGCCAAUAAAUCCAACAAGGUUAAUUCUAGCAGCUCGUAUAGCAAUAGUUUUCGAUCAUAUCCUAAAGAUCAAGAACAACGUUUAUGUAUGGUUUAUGACAAAUAUGAGUCAGAACCUAUUCUUCUAUCAACCAUUCCAGAACUUCCUGAUUUUGAGAUUGCCGGACUUUCACCGGAUAUCAGUAACUUCGUCAGAAAGUCAUCUUCUGAGAGAUUUACGGCGCCAGCUAAUAUUGGUAUUUCGUGUGCUUGAGGGUAGUCUUUAAUUACAUGAUGGUGAUAUAAUAUUAACAUAUAACAAUAUCAAUAAUGCUAGCUAAGCUGGACUAGUUUAAUGAAGUCAAAAACGUAGAAAUUACUUUUAUUAACAUGUGUAUAGCAAGUAUUUUUAUCUUUAUUUUUUAUUAUUAUAUAUACUUUUUUUAAGGGAUUAUUAUAUAUACGUUGUAAUGAAUGAUUCACGAUGCAAUGUUUCAAUGUUUAUUUUAGAUC